UGUGCCCCCCUCUCUCCCUAGGCGGCGCCGGCCCGGCGAUGGGGACCCCGAAGCCGCUGAUCGUGCCGUGGCUGCGGAGGAAGCUGGACGAGGGAUGCUACCCGGGCGUGAGGUGGCUGGACCAGAGGCGCACCCAGUUCCGGGUGCCCUGGAAACACGGGCUGCGGCAGGACGCCUCCACCGAGGACUUCCAGCUGUUCCGGGACUGGGCCAUUGACAGCGGCAGCUACCGGCCAGACCACGAUGCCCCCGCACCCUCCGUCUGGAAACGCAACUUCCGCUCCGCCCUGAACCGGAAGCCGGGGAUCCAGGUGCUCCGGGAUCACAGCUCAGACUCCGCCGACCCCCACAAGGUCUAUGAGAUCCUGCCCGAGGGAGGCCGGGGAGGUGUGGACAAGGCCCCCAGUGCUGCUGUGGGGGGCACCGAGGCUGACGCGAGCAGCCAGCUCCUGGACAAGUCGGGGGGCAGCUUCUCCUCCAGCCAGGAUGAGGAGCUGGACGACAUUCUGAAUGCACUGGCCCUCUCCAGCCCCGACGAGGAUGCUCCUGGCCCAGCAGGAGCACCAGGUGCCUCAUAUGCCAGUGACGCAGCAACAGGGGGCGCCCUCUCGCUGGGGUUCGGGGAUUUCCCUCCCCUGGAGCCGGCCCCCAGCUCCCUGGAGCAGCUGCUGGGGUCCAACGUGCUGAUGACGUUUUUCGAGGUGCGGGUCUAUUACCGGGGGCACCUUGUGCUGCAGACGCUGGUCUCCAACCCGCAGGGCUUCCGGCUGGUGCCCCCCAGCCCUGGGCCCAGCCCCUGCCCCGAGCUGGCGGACGUGGUGCUGCCCGAGCCCGGGAUGCUGCCGGACCGGGUGCAGGCCUCGUACACGGCCCGGCUGCUGCAGGGGCUGGGGGCCGGGGUGCGGCUGCAGGUGGAGGGACCUGCCCUCUGCGCCACCCGCCUGGGGCGCCUCCACGCCUACUGGGGGCGCACGGAGACCCCCGAGCUGGGGGCCGAAGGCGGGGAGCUGUCCAAGGAGGGGUGCACCCCCCUCUACGACCUGCCGCGCUUCGUCAGAGAGCUCAUCUGUUUCAUGGAGGGGCAGGGCAGCUCCCCCACCUACGAGCUGUGGCUCUGCCUGGGGGAGGCCUGGCCAGACACGGGGCGCUCUUGGAAAAAGAAACUCAUCAUGGUGCAGGUGGUGCCCACAGCCCUGCAGACCCUGCACCAGCUGAGCCAGGCUGGGGGGGCGUCCUCGCUGCGGGCGGAGGAGCUGGACCUGCGCAUCUCGGACUCGCUGGGGGAGGCCGGGCUGCUGGGGGCCCUGCGGGACUGGGAGGAGCGGAUGGAGAGCCAGCCCUACGGCUAGCCGGACGCUCGCGCUCCCCCUCCCAACCGAACCCAGGCGUCCGGGACAGAGCCCCGGGCUUCACCCACCUUGUCUGUACCAUCAGGCCACUCUGGGGUGGGGCCGCCUGGUUCUUGGAGCCCCAUAGGGCUAGAAAGGCCAAGGAUCAGCUGCUCCAAGCCCCCGUCCAUCCCAGACAGGUGUCUCCCCGGCCUCCUUCUGGGCACCUCCCUCGCCCCGGCCGUCGUCGGACUUUUCUUACCCCCUUAGGACGCUUUUCCUCUCGCUCGGCCGUGCCCGAGGGUGAAGGCGUCGCCUCUUGUCCUGCCCUCUGGGGCAGCGAGAACAACGGGCCCCCAGCUGGCGUUUUUGUGGCAGCAUUUCAAGCCACCUCUUCUCCGAACAUCACACAUGCGGGGC